UUGUCUUUGCUGUAAUGAUAACACUCCUACAAUGAGAGGAGGGAAAACCUUUGCUGCAUUCGAGGCUAUCAAUGAGCUCAUUCUCUCCGGAGAGGGUGGGUUCAUUAGCAUCACCAGAAAGCUCAGCUGCUCCUGAUCUGAGCAGGCAAUGUGUUUAGAUCUAAGCAAUCCAGGCCUUUAUCUCCAGUGGACAUACACAUGGUUUAUGAAUUGAAUUUAAAUCCUAUCAGCUGCCACAGUGGGAUUGGAACCCAUGUCCCCAAAGGAUUAACUUGGGUUUCUGGAUUACUGAACCGCUGACUUGAGUUUUGUCCAGCGUGGGAUUUGAAAGUGAAAGCUGAUUGAUUUAGAGAUGAUGGCAGCUUCAUUAACUAACGGAAUGGAUAUGGAUGGAUGAAGGUGCUGGCUCAUGCUGGUGUUUUUGUUUUCCUUUGGGAUUCGUGAGUUGUACAGUUUAUCAUCCAGGGGUCAUUCUUCACAUCUGACCACACGGUCAGCAAUAUCAAUUGCACGAAGGCUUAGGUUGUCAAUACCGAAUCGCCCUUGAUUGUCUUAACCAGAGAUGUUAAUUAAUUUCAUUCAGGCCUUACACAGCAGAACUGGUGGCAGGAGGGAGCUGAGGGAUGUGAUACAGAAUGCGCUAGUGGAUUCGCAUUAAAAAGAAAAUGGCAAUUUAUUCUUGAUUUGAAAAGAAUUGAAGGGAAGAACUGAAGAUGUCCAAGAAAGGGCGUGGGAAGGCUGAUAAGCCUGAAGCCCUUAUAGCUGCCUUACAAGCUGCUAAUGAAGAUCUUAGGACUAAACUGACUGAUAUACAAAUAGAAUUUCACCAGGAGAAAUGUAAGGUUAGUAAACUCGAACGGGAAAAAGUGCAAGAGGUGAAACGUAUCCGAGAGCAGGAACAGCACAAGCACACGGCAACCGUCACGGACCUAAAAAGCAAACUCCAUGAGGAUAAAAUGAAAGAGCUGCAGUCUGUCCGCGAGACAUUGAUAAAGCAACAUGAGCAGGAACUGGCUCGCACUGUUAAAAUCAAAGACAAUGAGAUUCAGCGAUUAAAGUCACUUGUGAACGCACUGCGAGAUGGUAGCAGUGACAAAGUAAGAACAGCAUUGUUUAAUGAGGCCCGGGAUGAAGCCCGGAAGAUGUUUGACUCUGAGCGCUUGAAACUGCUGCAGGAGCUGAACGAACUGAAAUCCGCCAAGAAACAGGUGGAAGAAUCGCUGAACAACAUGAUCCAAUCCGAUAAGAUAAAAGCUGGAAACCUGAGAAGUGAGCACCAGUCUCACCAGGAGGCCAUUGCCAAAAUCAAAUGGGAAUCUGAGAAGGAAAUCCGAAGGCUGAUGGAUGAGAUUAAAGCUAAAGAUCGAACUAUCUUCUCCCUGGAAAAAGAGUUAGAGGUGCAAACAGGUUACACACAGAAGCUUCAACUCCAGAAAGAGGCACUCGAUGAGCAGUUGUUCCUGGUGAAGGAAGCAGAAUGUAACAUGGGUGUGAGCAGCCCGAAACGCGAGGUCCCAGGCACCGAUCGCCCAGGCAGUCCGGACCUGCGGAGAAAUCAACGCAAGAUUGCAGACCUGAACUCAACAAUUCGGAAACUAGAGGAUAGGAACACGCUGCUGGUAGAUGAAAGGAAUGAACUCUUGAAGCGAAUCCGUGAAGCCGAGAAACAAUAUAAACCUCUACUGGAGAAGAACAAGUGCCUGUCCAAGAGAAACGAUGACUUAACUCAAUCUUUACAACGUGCGGAGGAGAAACUCAAAGUACUUUCAAAGGAAAAUACAGAAAUGAAAGAGAAAAUCAGUUGUCACGCUCCGCUGAAGAAAUUACGUUCCUUAAAUGAUCUUGACCAAGCCCAUGAAGAGCAAGAAGUGGAAUUUUUAAAGCUUCAGGUUCUUGAGCAGCAGAAUAUCAUUGAUGAUUUGACCAGGGACAGAGAACGGCUGCUUCGUCGCAAGAGGCACAAAAGAAGUACAAAGCAUAUAAAGAGACAUGUAGUAGAGACAUGUUUUGGAUUUGAUGAAGAAUCGAUGGAUUCAGAAACGUCUUCCUUGGCUUCCUACAGAACAGACAGGACACCAGCAACGCCAGAGGAUGAUUUGAAUGAAAGCCUAGCGGCUGAAGAAUCUGAGCUCCGUUUCAGGCAAUUGACGAGGGAAUAUCAAGCACUCCAGAGAGCAUACGCGCUGCUGCAGGAGCAGUCGGGAGGGAUCCUGGAUGCAGAGCGGGAGGCAAAGGCUCACGAACAAUUACAAGCUGAAGUUCUCAGGUGUAAAGCUAAAAUUGAUGACCUCGAAAAAGCCUUGGCUCAGAAAGGGCAGGAUUCGAAAUGGGUUGAAGAAAAGCAACUGUUUAUGAGAAGAAAUCAGGAACUUUUAGAUAAGAUUGAGAAACUGGAUGCCGAGGUAGCCCAGCUGCAGCAAGAAGUUCAGGACUCCCGGGAUCAGAACGAGUUGUUAGAAUUCCGCAUCCUGGAACUCGAGGAGAGGGAGAGAAGAUCCCCAGCCUUUAACCUCCAGAUCACUCCUUUCUCAGACGGUGUGAGUGCCCUUCAGAUCUACUGUAUGCAAGAAGGUGUUAAGGAUGUCUCCAUUCAUGAGCUCAUUAAACAGCUGGACAUACUGGGAGACAAUGGGAAUCUGAGAAACGAGGAGCAAGUGGCAAUUAUCCAGGCGAGCACGGUGCUGUCUCUGGCAGAAAAGUGGCUACAGCAGAUUGAAGGUACAGAGGCUGCACUGCACCAGAAGAUGAUAGAUUUGGAGAUUGAGAUGGAUAUGUUUUGCAAACAAAAAGGUUACCUGGAGGAAGAGUUAGAUUAUAGGAAACAAGCCCUGGAUCAAGCAUACAUGCAUAUCCAGGAGCUGGAGGCUACCCUGUACAAUGCAUUACAGCAGGACACAGUCAUCAAACUGGGGGAGUCACUGACUGAGAAGCAGAAGGAUGACUUGCGAAUUGCCGUGGAGAAAUUGAGACGUCAGAUGCUCAGGAAGAGCAGGGAGUAUGACUGCCAAAUCCUGCAGGAGAGGAUGGAGCUCCUGCAACAAGCACAUCAGAGGAUACGGGAUCUGGAAGAUAAAACUGAUGUUCAGAAACGGCAAAUCAAAGAUCUGGAGGAAAAGGGUACUGGAUGGUGGAAAUGCUUCCACAAUAGUGAAGAGUUGACCUUGAAUCAUCCUUCAGCUAGGACUAAUGGAAGUGAAGGAAAGCAGCCAAGAUUAUGCUUGACAUCGUCUGCCUUCUUUGCCAGAACCACUACCCGAGAAUCCUUUCGCUCGACUCUCCCUACUGAAGAAAGUCGCAAGCUACUGUACCUGCUGCAUUUGACUGCAUCUGCAUCGCAAAUCAAGAAUAUUUUGAAGCCAAACAAUUCCACAUUAAUGGCAAUGAUACACAGAGAAGUGUCUUAGACAACGAACCAAAGUGAAGGAAAACAGCCUAUCCCUGCUGUGCAGGGGAACAUUAAAAUAUCAAACUCUCGCUGCAUUCAGGACUCAACAUGAAAAAAGACAAAGGGAAUAAUUUAGGAUUACAAAUUUGUAAGAAGAUUUCUCAGAGAAAAACCCACGAGCAGUGAAGAAGCGUAGAAAAAGAUAAACCAUACAGGGGUAAAGAACAUCACAUAGAACUACAGGGAUUCUAUUCAUUUCUUCAACGAUGGUAUCACUCAUGAGGGCAUUUCUUGACCGAGAAAAGGUGGAAUAAGUCUUUUAGAAAGAAAGGCAGACUUUGUGAAGUUUGGGGAUUGUAUCUUACCUGAAGCUUACCUGAAGACCUAGUCAUUGAGGAGCUGUGUUAACAUGUAUGUGAACUGUUGUGCAAGUUUACGAUGACUCAAGAUCUGUCAGUCUAAAUCUUUCCCUCAUAGCUACGAAUAUAUUAGCUCAUUCAUUAUUGUUUGUUGAAACAAGUGGACAAAUGCACGGGGAAAUCAAGGGUAAAACAUGCCUUUCACCGCAUUGCAGUGAGCUUGACCAAUAACCUGCCAUGGUCAUCUUCAUUGAGUUGAGUUAUUUCUCCAGUUGAGUUAUUUCUUUUCCCAUAUUUCUGAAGAGCAUAUACUUACUCUAUUCAUCCAAACCGUUUUCCGUAUCACCGGUAAUGGAGAGCAUAAUCACCACCGACAGAUGCCUUUGCUGUUUUUAUGAACUUUAUUGAGUUGCACAAGCGGAGCUCACGGUUGGAUAAAAAGUAAAUUAAUUCCACUUUGGUUCAACGUACUCUGCCAUUCAUGUGCUGAGUUAAUUUUUGCUAUCCACUAAUCUGCGAGCCCACUACUUGAUUGUUGCAAUAUCAUUUUUAUAAUCCUUUACGUACGGGGGAACUAUGUCAUUCAGGAAACAGUGAUCCUAAAUAGGGCCCACCCAUAUGUAUUCUCUCAUGAGGGUGGUGUUUAUACAUGAAUUGAGCAGUUUGUAGAGGUAAAAUAUCCAGAUCUUAGAGAGACAACAUGUCAUAGUGACCCUGGUGGCGUUAGCCUGGGAUAUUAAGAACAGAUGAAUGCCUAGAAAACUGUAAAGAUAUAGGCAAAGUUAUACUGAACUGGAGCGAGAGAGAUUAGUGCAAUGAGAGAAAUGACUUUGUCACUCAUGUAUGUGAGAGCUUUUAUUAAGGUACAACAGUUGUGGAAAUGAAAGGCAUGCUUUAUAUAGCUGUCCAGGAUUCUACUAACAGUGGAAAUUACCUCACUGUUUCCUGUUCAUGUUGCACUUUGCUCCUCCUCUAUGUUUUGAGAUUUUCUUUUCUUAAGUCUCAUUUUCUUGGUACACAUGGUAUUUCUAACCUAUCUUUGGUUUGUUUCAAUCUGCUUUUGUAUCUUCGGUUUCAUUUGAAUCAAGCCAUGGGAUGUUCAGUAGGUCUAGUUGAGCUAAUAGUGGAAACUAGGUCUUAAAUGAAAGUAUUUCUUGAGCACAUGCAAACUGGGUAUAUUGAAAAUGCAAGUGAAAUACUUGACCCAGACCUUGGCUCUGAGGCAUUGGAUUGGAACGUACCUAUUAUCAAUACUGCAAUGAGAUGAUAUGGUUUCAUAUGGCGGCAACUGAUAUUGAGGGCAAAGGACGUUAAUGUAAUUCAGAAACGGAAAUUUAUUCAAACACGCAAAUGUAAAAUCUGUUUUUCAAACAUCUCUGCUCCAGACAGCUUGACGAUGUAUAACCCAUUGUAAUUGUGUAGACGAUCUCAAAUUGUUUGUGUUGGGAUAUCUGGUCGGCACGGACGGGUUGGACCGAAGGGUCUGCUUCCAUGCUGUCCAUCUCUAUGACUCUAUCAGAGGACCAGAUAUUUUUGAUAGUAAUGUCAGAGCACUCGCCCAUCUCCAGUAACAGAGCUUUAGAAGUUUGUCCAUUCUUGUUGUGCCAGAGAGGCUGAUCUGAGGAGACUUAUAUGAUUUUAACAGAGACAGCAAUCAUAUUAGUGGACAGGAUCAGGACUGUUGAAUUGCUACUGUUUUGCUGAUUAUACAGCAGACAGUCCUUGCAAUGUGCCCGAGUGUUGUGAAAGGGUAAUUAUGAUGUGAUGAGUGUUGUACUUUUGCACUCCUGCAGAAAGUGGGAUGGGGGACUGGUCCUGUGCCGAAGUUUGCAGAAAGUGGAUGCUCACAAAACCAGGAUAUGCAAAGGCCUUGCUCCUAGUGGAGUACUUCUGAAGUGUGGUCACUGUUAUGAUGUAAGGAAAUGCGGCAGUCAAUUUGCACGCAGCAAUAUCUCUCAAACGUCAGAGAGAACGACCUGACUUCAGGCUGCUUUUCGAGAGGUAAGCAUUGGCUUACACACUGGGAAAAUCUCCCUUUCUUGUCUUUGAAGAGCUCACUGUCCUUCCAAGAGGGCAGAUGGGGUCUUGAUUUAAUCUAAUUAUUCAUCUGAUGGGUGUCACCCUCAGCAAUUUAGCACUUUCCACUGAUUUCGGGCCGUUAUUUGAGGAAGAGCAGGAGAAUCCUUCUGAUGCAAUAACUGACAAUAGUCCCUCAACCAACUUCUAUACCAACUGGUCAUUACCUCGCUGCUAUUUGGAAGAGCUUGUUAUGUGCAAAUUGGCUGCUGUAAUUUCCUACAAAAAGUACUUAAUUGCUUGUAAAGUCAUUCUGAGGUUAUAAAAGUUGCUAAAGAAUCACAAAUUCUUUAUACUGGGUAACUUUUUAUCUAUUGUAUCGUUUAUUGUUGGGUAAUGCAUUGCUUAAACAUUUUAAUUUUUGAACUGAAACUUCUACUGUGCAAUGACAGUCAUAAAGGAUAUCGGUGAUGAAGUAUAAAGUCAACUGCAUGAGAGAAGCAAUUAAGGAAGUUAACGUGGUUUUAUAAAAUGGACUAUUGUUCAGCAGUGGUGGUAAGGUAUUGGCCCCAGACCGGGUACUCAGAAAGCACGUUUGUUGUCAAAUUUCUACCCUUUUUCUCAUCUUUUCCCCUCCUAGCUGAUGUCAUGGUGUCAGAUGAGUCUUAGUUGUUCACAAUCUUUCCCCAGCUCCUUGAUGGACAGGUGCAAAAGGUAAAAACAAUGACUGCAGAUGCUGGAAAACAGAUUCUGGAUUAGUGGUGCUGGAAGAGCACAGCAAUUCAGGCAGCAUCCGAGGAGCAGGCAAAAUCCGAGGACAGACACAAUUGCAGCCAUGCUAACUUGCUCCGUAGGUAGGUUAGCCAAUGGGAAAUGUACGGUUGCAGGGAUAGGGGUAGGGAUGGGGUGUGGGAUGCUCUUUGGGUGGGUAGGUGUGGAUUCAAUGGGCUGAAUGGCCUGCUUCUGCACUGUAGGGGAUUCCAUGAUUGUAUGAAACACUUAUUGUUACCGCUGACCCACAUCCCACUCAGACAGAAGCAUGCCCAGGAUUGUCAACUGCUUCCCAGAAUUGCCGGUGUUCACUGGCACACUGCAAGGCCAUCCUUUUUCUGGAUCAGUGCAGCAUCUACCUGAGAGGCAAAUAUGGGGUCUUGGUGUAAUGAUUCAUCUGGCAGAGGUUCUACAGUGUGGCUCCGAGACGUUAUGGGCGGCAAAGUGGCUCAGUGGUUAGCACUGCUGCUUCACAGCACCAGGGAUUCAGGUCCAGUUCCACCCUCGGACGACCGUCUGUGUACAGUUUGCACAUUCUCCCCAUGUCUGCGUGGAUUUCCUCCGGGUGCUCCAGUUUCCUCCCACAGUCUA